AUGGGGCGUCGUCCAGCUCGCUGCUACCGUUACUGCAAGAACAAACCCUACCCCAAGUCCCGCUUCUGCAGGGGUGUACCGGACGCCAAGUUGCGCAUUUACGACGUGGGCCGCAAGAAGGCUGACGUAGAUGAGUUUCCGGGUGUUGUCCAUUUGGUCUCUGAUGAAUACGAGCAAAUCUCAUCAGAAGCCCUAGAGGCUGCCCGCGUCUGCGCGAACAAGUACAUGAUUAAGCACUGCGGCAAGGACAACUUCCAUUUGCGCAUGAGGGUCCAUCCUUUCCACGUUCUCCGGAUCAACAAGAUGCUUUCAUGCGCAGGGGCUGAUAGGCUGCAGACAGGUAUGAGAGGAGCCUUUGGGAAGCCCACGGGUUUGGUGGCGCGCGUGAACAUUGGGCAAAUUCUCAUGUCCAUCAGAACCAAGGAGUCAACGGUGAACAUCGCUUCCCUGGCCCUGCGCCGCGCCGCCUUCAAGUUCCCCGGACGCCAGAAAGUAUUUACUUCCAACAAGUGGGGUUUCACACCCUUCACUCGAGAAGAAUACAAGAAGUGGCAGGCUGAGGGCCGCAUCGUCUCUGACGGCGUCUGUGCGAAGUGGUUGGCGAAGAAGGGGCCGUUGUCCGACACCUUCCCGUUGGCCAAGGACAUCCAUCUCCCUGUGGAAUGUUGA